GCCUUGGACCGAGCGAGGGUCGGCAGCAGCAGCCUGGGGACCUAGAUAUGGGGCAGCCCCAAGAGGCGGGCUGGAGGGAGCGGGGAGGCUCCAGCGGGCCCAAAGGGACCCAGGCGUCCGGCGCACCCAAGUGGGGGGUGGCUGGUAGCGAGGAGGGCCUCGCAGGGCCGGCGGCAACGCAGGAGCCACGGAAGCUGGAGCGGAGGGACGUAGGGACCCAGGUGUCCUGGGGUCCAGGCGUGGGGGCCCUUGAUAAUGGGGGGAUCCAGGCCCCAGCCGUGGGGAAGGCCCCGCAGGGACAGGGUGGCCCGAGGAGAGUCACGAUGAGCAGAUGGGGGCCUCGUGGGUUUGGGGGCCCCCCAGGCAGCGGGAGCCUGGAGAGCCUGGGCCGCCCUCCGCCCGGCUCAGGGAGGAGCAGCCAAGCAGCGAGGCAGGAGAAGAGAGCCUCGUGGUGCGUGGGGGUCUGCGAGUCCUGCGUGGCUGUGGCCGUGAAAGGAAAGGGCGCCCCCAAAGAGGAGCUUAUGCGAUGCAGGUGACCCAAGGAGCAGCGUUACUUGCUCUGGCGCUGUGUGCAGUCUUCUCGCUAGUUCUGGGCACGGAAGGCAAACGGAAGCUCCAGAUUGGGGUCAAGAAGCGGGUGGACAACUGCCCCAUCAAGUCCCGCAAGGGUGAUGUGCUCCACAUGCAUUAUACGGGCAAGCUGGAGGAUGGGACAGAGUUCGACAGCAGCCUGACUCGUGAUCAGCCGUUUAUCUUCUCCUUGGGGACUGGACAAGUCAUUAAAGGCUGGGAUCAGGGCUUGCUUGGGAUGUGCGAGGGUGAGAAGAGAAAGCUGGUCAUUCCCUCUGAGCUGGGUUAUGGGGACCGGGGAGCACCACCCAAAAUCCCAGGUGGCGCAACCUUAAUCUUUGAAGUUGAGCUGCUGAAGAUUGAGCGAAGGCAGGAAUUUUAGCGACAUCUCUUCGGGGGAGGGGGA